GCAUAUGAGCUCUUAUCAACGAAAGAUUUGAUGUCACAAAUUAGAGAAAGACAUGAAAAAAGUUAAAUGCUGAGUUGCGGUUAGAUUCGAACUUAGCAUCUCCAUGCUACAGAACGCUUAGUGGGUCAGUAGAAUCACACGACUAGCGAAGCCUCGCUUAAGAACCUUUCGAGAUCAAAAACUGGUGCAUCUGCGUAUGUGUAAACUAAAAAAACAAGUACUGAAAACAAGUCCACGAAAAUCGUGUUAAUCCGAAAUGAUAUUUUUUAUUGUCUAGUUGUUGCAUUGUUUGUUUCGCUGUGUUUAGUAUUAUUUUUUACUUAAAACUACUGAAUGUCCCUGUGGUUUCAGUUGGUGUUGGGGAAGAAUUGGAUUCCUUUAGGAUUAUACCAAAAAGAACGGUUAGAUAAAAUUGCAUAAAAAACGCCACUUCAAAGUGGAACAUCUGCCAAGUGAGAAAAUAAAAAAUUUAUGAGAAAGUGCAAGAUAAAGUGAAAAUUCCUGGAGACUCUACUAAAGAUUUUUUCUAAAAAUGAGCGAAAUUAUGCCUAUUGUCCCAGCUAAUAGUAGUUUAACGAACACAACUUAUCUUUUAUGGUUUUUGCUGACCUCGCCUCCUUUUUUGUCGCCAACUUUGCCAACUAUGCCGGAAUUGUGGGCCGUUGCCGGCCGACGUGCCUCCUUGCCUUGCAACCUCUCCGAACCUGAAGAUUCUGUGACUCUUAUUCUGUGGUACAAGGGUGAGACAAAGGCACCAAUCUACACCUUGGAUGCCAGAAAAGGUUCCCUAGAAAAAGCUAGACAUUUUCCCUCAACAGAGCUUGGAGCACGCGCCAACUUUGACAUGAGUGCUGAUCCACCUACUUUAGAUUUGAAUCCGGUACAUGCUGAAGAUGAUGGGGUAUACAAAUGUAGAAUAGAAUUUAAAAGAUCGAGGACUUUGACGCAGUUUGUCCGUUUACAUGUUAUCGUUCCCGUUCGAGAAGUGAUAAUCAUGGAUGAACAUGGUCAACGACUUCGAGAUGUUAUAGGACCGUACGAUGAAGGGUCCUAUGUCUCUCUCAUAUGUGAAGCUGAAGGUGGCAUCCCACACCCAAUCGUCACAUGGUGGAGAGAAUCAGUUUUGGUAGAUGAUAGUUAUUCUCAGACAAGUCAAGGUUAUGUUAGAAAUGAGCUUGCUUUGCCAAAACUUCAUCGAAACGAUCUGAUGAUGACGUAUUCCUGUCAAGCUGCAAAUACAAAUUUGACAGUGCCAGUUACAGCAUCUAUCACUAUAGAUAUCAAUUUAAAACCCCUGGAUGUCCGGAUAACAAGUAUCCAGAGGCCUUUCUCAGCAGGACGAAAAAUUCAACUAUUCUGUGAGAGCUCAGGUGCCCGCCCCAGGGCCCAACUAACCUGGUGGUUGGACAAUAAACGUAUUCAAGCGGGGAAGGAAACGUUUUCGGAUAAUCUUACUUCCACAUCACUCAACUUUCUACCGAAAGCUGAAGACAAUGGGAAAAUUCUAUCCUGCAGGGCUCAGAACCCUUCAUUGUCUAACAGUGCGAUUGAAGACGGAUGGACAUUGACUGUUUAUUUUGUGCCAGAGUUGAAGCUUUUUCUUGGAGCGAAUAUUCAAGCAGACGCCAUAAAGGAAGGGACGGACGUCUUUUUCGAAUGCAACGUCAAAGCCAAUCCAUGGGUGAAUGAAGUGAAAUGGCGUUUCGAGGGAUACCCCCUUUACGGGAAUACAACUGCUGGCAUCAUUGUGUCCAACCAUUCCUUAGUUCUUCAAAGAGUUCGAAAAGAACAUAGAGGAAGUUAUCAAUGCAUAGCUGUCAAUACAGAAGGAGAAGGAAGGAGUGAUGAAGUUAUGCUGAAAGUAAAAUAUGCUCCCGUUUGCCGGCAUGCAGGAGUGACCGUACAUGGGGUGGCUCGUUACGAAGCUUUGAAUGUCAGCUGCGAAGUUGAAGCAGACCCACCGCAAGUCAAAUUCAAGUGGUCCCUUAACAACACUGUUGAGAACGUUGAUAUACCACCUCAAUCAACAAAUAUGACCGUCAGCACGAUAACCUACACGCCACGAACUAUGCUAGGUUACGGGGCACUGUUAUGCUGGGCCCAAAACAGCAUUGGCCAUCAAAAAGAUCCAUGCCUUAUUAGAAUUAUUCCAGCAGGACCACCAGAGUCUGUAAAGAGUUGCGUGGUAUCAAAUCAGUCAGUUUCCUUUUUACUCGUCGAAUGCGAAGCUGGUUACGACGGUGGAAUGAAACAAUCUUUUCAUCUAGAAGUAUAUAACUCCGCUGUAGAACACCUUCAGGCAAACGAGUCUCAACAGGAUAUGCCAGUAUUUCAAGUUGGCAACUUGCCAGCUGCUACAUCUUUUAUUCUAGUCCUCUAUGCAUCUAACGCCAAAGGAAGAAGUAAUUCUGUAGCCCUUAUGACAAACACAUUAAUGCCAGCAGAGAGAAGAACAGAUAAGGAAACCACAAAUGAUCCAAAGGAAGAAGUUACCAACAUUAGUCCAAUUUUAGCAGUUCUUAUUGGAAUUGUCGCAGUUCUCGUCAUCUUGGCUAUUGUAAUUAUCAUUAUCAUGCGAAGACAGGGAACCGAUCCAGAGAAACGACCUCCAACUCAAGAAAAUAUUAUAAAAUGUGACAUGCCGCUCAAAAAGGAUACUGAUGAAAUUCCUGAUUCUACCGUUGAAAGUCCAGAUGUUAUUCCUAAUACAAAUGAAUCACAAGUGUAUAUAUCUGAUACAGGGGAAAUCACGGAAAAAGAUGAAAUGACGUAUGAAUUUUUAAAAUCAAGAGACUAUUCAUACGAUUAUAUCACAGCAGUCCGGUCCAAAAAACAGCAUCCUAGGGAAGAUGAAAUAACGUACGCAGAGUUAUCCCAUAAGGAAGCACCAUGUUCUGUGGUGAAUCGAAUUCAACCACCGACAGAGUAUGCAGAAUUAGACUUUCAACGAAGGUUGGCGUAUCCAUGGCCUGCGUCUGUGAGAGAAGAAGCCAUUCGAUCUUCUUUAGAAGCAGGGGAGUUUCCUCUCAUCGGAGGAGCUUCAAAUAAGAGCAAAGAGAGCUUGCAUAUUCCUGAAACAACAACAGAAACAACGCCGUUGUGAAAAUCAAUUUCCUUUUAUACAAAUAACGAUUGUUAUUUCGUAAGGUGCAAAGAAAAAUCAAAUAUAUGGACAUUACCGCAAGUGAAUGCUAGUCAAAAUCCUCCUUUGCAACUGAAGAGGAAUAAAAAAGUCUUUCUAAAUGCUCAUACCUUUAUCUACACAUAAUUCCCGUCCUAUUGCAGGCUGAUGUUCUUGCGUCUGAUUGGUCGAUCGCUCCAUCAAUAGACAUAUACCAAGAAUGUAUUGGAAAGAGAGCUAAUGGAAUAUAUUGAAGAAGAGUCACUAAGAGAAAGAAAUAAAGAGCUUGAGUAUGGUAUAAGAAAUAACUUCUAGUUUCGGAAACGCUUUCAUGCUCUGUGAUUAUGGAGGAUUAUUGAAGCUAAUCCUCCUUAUUAGUCUCUGUGAAACGAAUUUCUUUUUGUUUACGAAGUAUGGAGUAUUGUUUACGCGAUUAAGUAAAAAAUAAGUGCAACAUGAUAACAAAUCGUGAGGAAGGAAAUUAAAACAUGUUUCGAAUGGUGUGAGGAAACUACGGGAGACAGUUGAUUAAAGAGGCUAAUUCUGUUUGGUUCAUUUACCAAUCUAUUGGAAAGAAUUUUUGUAAUCCUUGGAGAUUAAUUUGUGGUGGAAGAUAAUUAUAUUUUUUUCCUGAAGAAACGAAAGAGGAAACUAAGUUAAUAGAUUGAAUAAGAGGUUUUCUGUGCUCAUGAUAAUUUUAAGGUACCUGGAUACACUUCAAACUGUUUAUCUGCAACCAACUGCAUGUUUUUCAAAAAUAAAAAAAAUGCUCUAUAUGUGUCUAAAGCAAGUUUUUAUUUUUAUUUUAUAUGCUAGUUCAUAUUUUAAUCCUUAUAAUAAUCCAUAUUUUAAUCCGUAUAAGUCACACGAUUACUAUUUCAUGUAAAACUUUAGUAAGAAUAGGGUGAAGUGGGGUGAAUGCUUAGACAAAGUUGAAUUAGGAAUUCAAAUUAUUAAUUAAAACAAAAUCAGAAAAGUAAACGAGACAAAGACACACACUACAAUUGAAACAAAAUCGCAAAUAGUUUUAAAAAUAGCAAAUGAAAUGGAGAUGAUUAAUAUCAAAAAUAUUUCUUUAAAUGUAAUUUUAUCCAUGAACAAUUAUAAAAAAUGAAUUGGUAAUUAAAAAUACUAGCUAAUUUUGAAAAUAGACUAAAAGUACUGCAAAAUUAUUAGGGCUGGGCAAAAAGCCAUCUUACAUUCUUUGAGUAAAACUGCUGAGACAAAAAUACUUGUUAACUAGUUUGUGAAAGAAAAAUAUGUAUAAAAAGGAAGUCUCAAAUGCAUAUGCGGUAGUAAUUUUAAAAUACUAUUUUUGAUAAAUUUACGGUUGUUAUAGGCCUUGCAACACUUCACCCCAUAUACUGAAGUUAAUAUAACUUUUAAAAAGAUAAUAAAUGUAUGUGUACAAGAGGUCUUAAUUAAAUGUUUAUUAAUAUUCACAACUCCGAAUAAAUUUAUAAGUAAUGAAAUUCAGUUUGAAUGAUUAAAUAUGAUUUGACUAUUUAAUUCUUACAUUAAUUCAUUUCUAAACUAAGUUAAUCAGAUUAUAAAUAGACACUAACUCUAAGAUGUAUCAUAAUAACUUAGAUUUUUUUUGAGAAUUUUAAUGUUUUUCCCAAUUUUAGUUUCUAACUAAUUUAGUUUAGAGUUUAACAAAGUAAAACUAUAUUAAUUUACACUACUUCAAAGAGUUUAAUAUUGAGUUCAUAAUAGAUAAAAAGGGAAAUUUACUUUUAGAAAGCUCUCAAAUUAUUAGAUUUUUUUCUAACAGAUGACCGAUAUAAAAUAAAAUUAAAGCUUAAUUACAUUUUGCAACGGUAUAGUGAACAUUAUAAGGUUAUACCGCAUAAACUAAUAUAUUUUGCAAUUUCAUUAUAUGACUUGAUAUAGUUAAUUUUUUUUAAUUUUGCGGAAUUAAAGCUGUUUUUAUAUUUUGAGUAAACACGUUCAACUUCAAAACGCACAUGCAUAGUUUUGGUUAAUAAAUGUUUGAUAAAAAAAUAAAAACAAUUAAUGCAAUGUGCAAAAAAGAGCAAUUUAUAAUUUUCACACACAAGGUCUUAAAAAUGUGUAAACAAUUUUAAAUGCUUACUUGCGUAUCAAAAUUAUUAUUUAUUCGCAAGUAAUUUCAAAAUAUUCUUUAUUCCUAUUAUUUAAAUGCAAACACUUCCAAUACAGUUUUUCGAACAAUCUAACAAAAUUUUAAAUUUUUUUCAUCAAUUAUAUUAUGAAAAUGUAUGUUUUGAAACCGAAAAAGAAACAAUU